AUGGCUCCGACAUCGCCAGACACAUAUCAAGGCUGGGUGGCCCACGACGCGACCAGCCCACUGACAUUCACAACUUUCCACCCUAAACCCUUCACCGACAUCGACGUCGAAGUGCGCGUCUCCCACUGCGGCAUCUGCGGCACGGACAUCCACACUCUCCGCUCCGGCUGGGGUCCCUCCGACUACCCCUGCGUCGUGGGCCACGAGAUCGUCGGCACGGUCGUGCGCAUCGGCAGCAGCGUGCCGACGCUGGCAUCGUCAGCCGCGUCGCGCGAGAUCCGCGUCGGCGACCGCGUCGGCGUCGGCGCGCAGAGCAUGUCCUGUCUCAAAGCGGACUGCGAAGCCUGCGCGGACGGCGAGGAGAGCUACUGCCCGCGCAUCGUGGGCACGUACAACAGCCGCUACGCAGACAAGAGCAAGUCGUACGGCGGCUUUGCGACGCUCUGGCGGGGCCCCGCGCACUUUGUGUUCAAGAUCCCCGAUGCGCUGCCGUCGGCCGAGGCGGCGCCGCUGCUGUGCGGCGGAGUGACGGUCUUUGCGCCGCUGCGCAAAUACGGCGCGGGGAAGGGCAAGUCGGUAGGCAUCGUGGGCAUCGGUGGCCUCGGACACAUGGGGGUGUUGCUGGCCAAGGCGCUCGAGUGUGACCGGGUCGUGGCUAUUUCGCGGACGUCGAGUAAGCGCAAGGAUGCAGUGGAGGGGCUCGGGGCGGAUGCGUUCAUCGCGACGGACGAAGAUAAGAACUGGGCGCGUACGCACUCGCGCUCCCUGGACUUGAUCAUCUGCACGGUGUCGUCGCAGAAGAUGCCCUUGUCUGGGUACUUGCGGCUGCUGAAGAAGGAUGGCGUGUUUGUGCAGGUUGGCGCGCCGGAGGAGCCGUUGCCGCCGCUGCGGGCGUUCUCGCUGAUUCAGAAGGGCGUCAAGUUGACGGGCUCCAACAUUGGGUCUCCGGAGGAUAUCAGGCAGAUGCUUAAGCUCGCGGCGGAGAAGCGGGUGCUGCCGUGGAUUCAGAAACGGCCCAUGGAGGACGUCAAUGCUGCGCUGGCGGAUAUGCAUGAGGGUAAGGCGCGGUAUCGUCCCGGAUAUUCGUCCAAGAAUAGAACUAGGCUGCCCUGA